AUGGCUAGAACUAGAGGAGGUUACAUAGUUCAAUGCAGAAGAAGUUCAAGACUUCGUGCACAAAGUUUGUCAAAGUUUACAAACACUCCAGAUAAUCCUGUAGAUUUAGAAUCCGAAGCUCAAGAAAACAUGAAUACCAACAGCAUACGAGAGAAAAGACCACUUGCAAAAGUCUAUCGACAUCCAGAUAACAAAAUCACAAAGAGUACUGCUAGAAGGAAUAUCAAAAAUCUUUCUGGAAAUAAUUUUGUUGAUGAAGUACAAGAGGAGGAACAAAAUGGUGAUAAUCUGGUGGAUGAACAAGAUGCAGAGCAAGAUAAUGAACAAAAAAGUGAUGAAGAUAUGCAAGAAAAUGAAGAAGAUAGUGCACAAGAAGAAACUGAACAAGAAGACAGUGCACAAGAAGAUGAUAUGGACCAAGAAGAUAGUGCAGAAGAAGAAGAUAAUGCACAAGAAGAUGACGAACAAGACGAUAUACCAAACGAAAUUGAAGAAGAAAAAGAUGAUGAACAAGAAGAGGAUGAAACAUAA